GACGCCACGCUCUCGCGAGAUGAGAUUUGUGACGGCGGGAUGAAGCUGCAGGCGGGAGCGUAGGACGUUUAUUGCGUUGCGGGAAGUUUAAGUAGCGGUCGGGCACGGAGAAAAAUGCCACCCAAAAAAGCAGCGUCAGGAGCCAGAAAGGCCCCAGCUAAAAGAAAGUUGGCUGAAGAGUUUCCUGCAGGGGAAGUGCUAACAGAUUCAGCAAAAAAGCAAUGGAAAUUGGGGUUACCUAUUGGACAGGGUGGAUUUGGCCGUCUUUAUCUUGCGGAUGAAAAUUCUUCUAGAACUGUAGGACCAGAUGCUCCGUAUGUCAUUAAAGUAGAACCAAGUGAGAAUGGACCACUUUUCUCUGAACUUAAGUUCUACAUGCGUGCUGCAAAACCUGACCAGAUUCAGAAGUGGAGCACCUCUCAUAAACUGAAAUACUUGGGUGUGCCCAGAUACUGGGGCUCUGGUCUGCAUACCAAAAAUGGAAACAGUUACAGGUUUAUGGUAAUGGAUCGUUUUGGUCAAGACUUGCAGAAGAUUUUUGAAAACCAAGGAAAAAUCUUUCCACGUAAAACGGUUUUACAGUUAGGUUUAAGACUGAUUGACAUUCUGGAGUAUAUUCACGAACAUGAAUAUGUACAUGGAGAUAUCAAAGCAUCAAAUCUUUUGAUUCACCAUAAAAAUCCAGAUCAGGUGUUUUUGGUAGAUUAUGGUCUUGCCUACAGGUAUUGUCCAGACAGUGUUCACAAAGAGUACAAAGAAGACCCCAGAAAAUGUCAUAAUGGCACAAUUGAAUUUACAAGUAUUGAUGCCCACAAAGGAGUCAGUCCUUCAAGAAGAGGAGACUUGGAAAUAUUGGGUUAUUGUAUGAUUCAGUGGUUGUGUGGCAGGCUGCCCUGGGAAGAUAAUCUCGGUGAUGCUAAUUAUGUCACCAAUUCUAAAAUAAGGUAUGGUGAUGAUAGUUCAGAACUUAUGGAAGCCUGUUUUCCUGGUAAAAAUAAGCCAGAGGAAAUUAGGAAGUUCAUGGAAGCAGUUAAAGAACUGUCUUAUACUACAAAACCUCCAUAUCCGCACUUAAGAGAGAUACUUUUACAAGGCCUUAAAACCAUUGGCAGUAAAGAUGAUGGGAAACUGGACUUCUCUCUUUGUGAGAAUGGAGCCGUUUCUCACAAUGGACGAAAGAGAAAGCUGGCUAAGGUAACAGACCAUAGUGCAGAAGAGUCGGAAGAACCGAACCUUGCAGAUCAAAAGAAGAAGGCAAGAGGGCGUGCUGCAAAAGCCAGUGGCAGUCCUACUGCACCUGCACCAAAAGGAAGGGGGCGUGGAAGAGGGAAAAAAAGUAGCUCCUGAGCACUUUCUAGAUUUUAUGUGUUUUUAUAUGUUAAAUGUCUUCACUGGUGUUCAUUAUUUUUCAAUAAACAUUUUAUUUGUAUAUUAAA